ACGCGCUGAAAAUAUGAGAUGAGCGCUGUGUAAUGAUGAAAGACAUUCAAACAUCCAUGAGAUAGUAUUCUCGUGACAAAAUAUUAGUGCAUGAAUAUUUUAGGCCUUAUAGUCUAAUAAACUAUAAUAAAUGCGAUGUACACAUGGAGGAGUGAACGGCAGUGUUCUGUAGCGUUUAACUGCGCUGUUACAAAACGUGCAAACAUACCAACGGGCUCGUCACAAAGAGACGUAACUGCGUUUUUGAACUGCGCUGCAUUGCAUUCGUGUUUCGCAUAUUCUCUUCAGACUUUUAAUUUCCUUCUUUUCCCUGUUGACCUUGCGGGAGGACCCUGAAGGGGGCAGCCGGGACGAAUAGAGGGAUGACAGAGUCCGAUUCAUUUAAGUGAAUCGUUCGUUCAAUGGGGGGGGGGGGGGGCGUUUAAAUUAGAUGUAUUUACUUUAUUUCUUUAUAUAAACAGCGUCGGGGCCAAUAUGCUGAUACGCUGAUUUUGAUACUCAAACCACUACAUCUGGUUCAUUGUAAUAUCUGUGGUUAUAAAUGCAUUGUACAAGCAAUCGUACUUAUCAAAAAACAAGGAAUAAACAUUCGCUAAUCGUGAGCAAAGGCUAGUGUUUCGUUCCGGAGCCUUUUUAGGAAAUAGUUCGUGCGUAGGUUACGUUUUCUAGAAAAUCACAUGCGUCGUGUGAUCUGCAGACACAUUUGGAAUCGGUUCAAAUGAGUCAAAAAGAACCGGUUGAGAAGAAUGAUUCGCGAGGGAGGGGCUGAGUGGCCGAAGGGAGUCUGUCGGAAUAAGCGCUUUAUGUGAGACGUGGUCCCUAUCCUCACAGCAUCCAGCACAGACACGCGUCCCCAGCAUCACCCCGCAUCCGACUGUCCAUCCCGCCGGGCGCGGGCAGCAUCCACCUGCGCGUCCGAUUCGGACUGGACCAACAUCAGUGAGACGCACCGGUCCACACCCCCCGAGCGGACCGGACCGGUGUCCUUUCAAACCACGAGCAGAUUCAUUCUUACUGGUCUUAAUGGUUGUGAGGGCCCAUCUUCACUGCCUCUCAUCCGAUCCACACACUAGAGAUGUGACAGCCAAUCACACGCUUCCAUUUCUGCAUUUUGUAGCUUUUGGGACACGAGCCCCGCCCAGUUAGAUGGAGGAAAAAGAGAGGAGCAGGAGUCGAUCUCCACGCAGGGUCCGACGGGUGGAGCAGGUGGUGGGCAAAUGGCUGCGUCGCUCUCGAGACUCUCUCAGCAGAGAGAGGAUUCUGGGAGGCAGGAGGUUUCGCUCCGGGGAGUCGGGUCAGCAGAACUUCCCUGUGAAGGUGACGGUGGAGGUGAUCAGAGAUGCUGUGCUGGACUCUCAUGGAUUCACUCUCUCAACACAACACCCCCUGCUGGUCAGGGACGUCACUCCAGGAGGUCCGGCUGACGGUCAUCUCUUACCUGGAGAUCAGAUCCUGAAAGUCAACAACAGAGCGGUAGAAGAUCUUUCUUCAGAGAAUGCAGAGAAGAUGAUUGGGGAAUGCCGGGACUCUAUAACCAUGACGAUCCUCAGAAACAUGUUGAAUCCAAAGUCCUCGUUCAUCACGGCGGAGAAGAGAGCUCGACUGAGAAGAAACCCGGUGAAAGUGCGCUUUGCAGAAGAGGUUGUUGUGAACGGUCACACUCAGGGAAACUCUCUUCUCUUUCUGCCUAAUGUUCUGAAGGUUUAUCUGGAGAACGGCCAGACCAAAGCCUUCAAAUUUCACAAGAGGACCACUGUCAAGGACAUUGUGUUGACUCUGAGAGAGAAGUUGUCCAUUCGUGCCAUUGAGCAUUUCUCACUGGUCCUGGAACAGCAGUAUCAUACUAAUAAACUACUGUUACUGCACGAGGACGAGCUCAUACAGAAGGUGGUGCAGAAGAAAGACUCUCAUGACUACAGAUGUUUGUUCAGGGCGUGUUUUAUUCCAAGAGACCCCAUCGACCUUCUGCAGGAAGACCCCGCUGCCUUUGAGUAUCUCUUUCAACAGAGUGUUGGAGAUGUGUUACAGGAACGAUACGCAGUGGAGAUGAAAUGCAACACAGCAUUGAGACUCGCGGCGCUGCACAUGCAUGAGAAAAUGGCGAGCUGUGGACAAACCACCAGAGCAUCAGUCAAGAGUAUUGUGAAAGAGUUUGGUUUGGAAAGUUUCAUCUCUCCCACCCUGUUGAGAAACAUGAGAGAUAAAGACCUGCGCAAAGCUAUCAACCAUCACAUGAAGAAGAUCCAGUCGCUGCUGGAACCACGACAGAAGGUGAUUUCUGUGUCUCAGGCUCGGUUGGCUUAUCUGACCCAGAUGGCUGAGUUGAUGUCAUACAGCGGGAGAACCUACAACGCCACCAUGCUGCUGCAGGACAGAGAGUCAUUGGUGACUUUGCUGGUGGGAUCGAGAUACGGCAUCAGUCAAAUACUGAACCACCAGCUCAACAUGAUCUCCACCAUCAUAGACUUCCAUUACAUCACCCGAAUAGAGGUGAUGUCAGAGACCGACAGAAUCAGCAUGGUCAAGAUCUACCUGCAGGACAUUCAGCCUUUAGCUUUACUCAUGGAAUCAGCUGGAGCUAAAGAUUUGGCCUGUCUGCUGGCUGGAUACUGCAAACUCAUGGUGGACCCCACGAUAAAUGUGUUUCGCUGGGGACCCAGACCUAAAAUGAGACGCAUUCCCGCAGAAGAAGGGUACAUUUCUCGGUGUGGCAGCGAUUCACAAGACAGUUCAGAAGAUGAUUAUGUCAUGGAGGGCCUCCUGGACGCAGAAGACACCAUGUCCAACCAAACGAAUGACGGCACGGAGGAAGGUGAUGAAGAUGAGGCGGACCAGAGGACUGAAGCAGAGAGGCUGAGAGUGAUCGUAACACAUCCGUGUUUGGAGUAUGAAGGAGAGGAAGAGGCCGUAAAGAGCGAGUCUGUCGCGGACGAGGAUUACUCGGUUACCAUGGGCUGGUACACAGACCCUCGAGUCAACAGCAGCUUCUCCAGUUUAUCCAGUAACUCACUGAACGCACUGGAGGAGAGCAUCAAAGCAGCCAUAGGUGGACUGGACCAUGAGGGUGCUCCUCAAGAGGAGAGGUUAAGUUCCGGUGCGUCAGAUCUGGACGUUCAUUAUCCGUACCUGCUGGAGGUGCCAGAGCGAAUGAAUCAGAGGGGGAAUUUAAACAAACCCAGACGACCUUCUCAACUGACCUACAAUGAUCGAUCGGGUCUGCGCUUCGUCGACCUCUCGCAAAUCUCUAACAAUUUGCCGAGUCCUCCCACGGCCAGCGAUGAUGCGUUGAGCGACGAAGAAGAUGAGGAGGGAGAUCGGGACAAUGACGUUUCCAGCAUGUCGGCUGAAUUCGAGGCGGUGUUGGCCUCCUGUACCGCUAACAGCAUCAAUGCUAAAUUAGCAGGUGUGAAUUUUCAAGAACUUUUCUCCAGGAUUCACAGACAAGAGAGAGGCAGCAACAAUCAGACUGAACCAAAACAUCAGAGACGCUCAAAGACAACAGCACGAGCUGCGGCCAUGAGAUCUGACACAUCAAAUGUUAAAGACUCAGAAUCAGAAGAGGAAUUCUUUGAUGCUCAAGAUCGAUUUACUCCUCCGGCAGCAGAGAAACGCACUACAGAGAAAUAUUUGGGAAACAAACAAGAUGUCAUCAGUGAUUUCAAAGCUCAAAUGGAGAAGAAUAACCAUCAAGAAUCAAAAGCGAACAAUGAAGAGGAAAGAAGAGCAGAGCUCAUCUCUCAAACUAACAAACGGAACAAUAACGAGAAACCAUCUCCUGUUGAUCACAUCGCCAACACUGAAGUGGAGAUCCAUCAGCCCUCGCUGAUUUUACCUCCUGAAUCUACACCUGUUGAACCUCUAACCGCUAACCUCUCAUCAGGUCUGAAAACCCAGCACUGUAAUGGCGACAUCCCUGGCCGAAACGCUCACCUGUCAUCCCAGCUUCUGGAGAUGGAGCCGGAUACUAUGGAGUUCAAACCAGUCACUGGACCUGGACCAGUGAGGUCGUCUUCCCGAAUCACAGCGCUACGCCAAGCUACCCUUCCACCCCAGGACCUAGAGACUCUUCAGAAUGGACCCAAACCUCAAAACGGAAUAUCUCAUUAUGCCUCUGUAUGUUUGGAGAGGUCUCCAAAUCAUGUGCGAGGACUUGAUAAUCAAGACAUUGAGCCAAUUGAAAAAGAGCCAAAAACCAACACAGGAAUCAUAACAGCAGACAAAAAGAGUUCUCUACAGGAGACUGUUGAAAGCCGAAAACAAGAGCCUCAACUAAACACAAAACCUCCAAUACCUCCCAAACCUUCAUCCAUCAUUUUACUGUCAACAUCGCUUAAUGCCCCACCACAAAAACCUGAAGCCAAGCAGAAUGUUCCCCCUAACGGUCUUUCCCUACACCCCUGGUCUCAGCGAAAUGGUACAUCUCCUCCUGCUACACUUAGUAAGGGUGUAUCUCAAAGUCACGAGAACCUGAGGACUGAACUCAAGACCGAAAGCUCUUCAAUGAAAGCGUCAAGUGCAUCGAACACACCGAGUCCUUCUCCCUUACCUUCUCCUUCUGUUCAGUCUGUCAGUAUCAUACCUGAAGAUCCAAAUCCUAACCUCCCCAACAGAACGGGCUCAUCCGUGCGUCUCUCAGCCACAGCCUUGCGUGGGAGAAUUCAGGAUAUGCCGUGGUACCUCACCCGUUCCCAAGAGAUCUUGGGCACUGUAGCCCUCAGCAACACUAUUUCAUCAACAGGAAUCAACGGCACUCAUUCAACAGACGUGAAUCACGAAUCCAAGAAAGUUUCUCCUAAAGCCACUUCAUCGUCGUCUCUGAUCGAAUGGAAGGAGAAAGAUGCUGAAGUGGUCAUUGUGAAGCUCAAAGAUGGACCGGAGGAGGCCACCCCGAUUCCUGCACCACCAUCAUCCAGCCAUCUUGAGCUGAGACAGCAAUUAUCUGUAGAAGAGUUGAACAAGCAUUUUGGGACGUGCAAGUCUGAACAGCCUCAGUCACAGAAAGAAAACCCUGCAGUUAUGAGACUGGACAAUGCGUCCUCUCUAUCCUCGUCAAGUCCUUCCCAUCAGGACGCAUGUGGCUGUCAUACGGUGUACGCCAACUGUUUCAGUGGCCAUACAGAAGACAUCUGCGGCUUUGAUGACAAUCUGACCGUGUACGAAUUCUCCCGUCGGAACCAGAUCAGUAAACCUCCUCAACCCACACCCGUUCCACCGUCCACCCUUUCUGCCCCUUCUCCGAAUGUUCUGUCCCUUUUGAGAGACUCACCGCGUCCCCUCUCCAUGUCCUCUGAGCUCAGCCCACUCCUGAUCCCACCCAGACCGCUGGAAUCGUUGUGUCUGGACCACAGAUCUGUGGACAAUCCCUUCCGCUUCUUACAGGGCCAUCGCUACGUGAGCGGCCAGAAGGGUGCAGGACUCAAAGAGAGUUACGCUUCUCUGCUACGAGACAUUGAUGAACUGUUUUUAGUGUUGAAGAGAGGACCAUCCUCAGUGUACCCCCCCACUCGCAAGGGAGAGUGUGAAAACGGCAACGGUGUAAUCGGGCAGACAAUUUCGGAGACCGAGCGAUGCCUGGUUCAGGCCGAGGCGCGGAGGUUGGCGUCAGGAUGCCAGAAGGCCACGAGAGUGGGUUGGGCACCUGACGACGCUCUUCUGUCACUCGGUAACAGUUUUGGGGCGCUGGUGCAACUAGCCUCCACCUGCAUGCGAGUGCCCUGCUCGGACUGUGGAGGUUGUCAUGGCGACAUUGACGCGGACGAAGCCUUGGGGAAGCUUGAGGAGAUCGUGGACCUGUACAAGGAGUUUGUGGCUGCCGUACAAACAGCGAGAGAGGGCGAAGGCGUCAGGCUGUUGGCCAAGCAGUGUACGGUUCUCAUCUCUACAGUCUUCACUCUCACGCAGCUGUUUAGGACACGGACACCAGACAUAGAAAACGGAAACGUACCUCUGAACUUUUAAUCUGGGUUAAAGGGUGAAACUGGACCGCAGAGAGUACGAAAGCAGCGAUGCCUGUCAGGCAUGUAAAAAGAGAUUGUGUGCUGGCACACAAGAAUCUUUGUAAGUGCCGUAACCGAACGCACACAUCCAAGGAACUAACAAGAGAGAGGUGUUCUCAUGUUUGUCUUGCCAAGUUCAAAUAUAAACGUACUGGAAUUAUGCAUUCAAACGUAUUUUCUAAUAGUUCUUUCAGUCCUGGUGUAUGUACAGUCUGUAGUAUGUAUUUAUUUUUUACAUACAGUAUAUGCGCACCGUGGUUUCUAACCUGCAUUUUGUGUUUUGUGAUAUCCCUACCUCUUGCUCUGAUAACCAUGGAAACCUAAUAUUAACAGUGUUAUGACGCGUUUUUACGUUUAGUUUAGUGCUGCUCUUUACCUAUUGAAUGGAGAAAGAGUUCGGACGCUCUGAGAACCCCAGACAACCUGUAAAAAAAUGACACUUAAUACCCUGAAUACUUAUGCAGUAACUUCUCACAAAACUUUCCAAAGGACUUUGAUUUUGUUUAGUUUUUUUGUCUGUGAUCCGUGUUGGACUGUAGGAUGAGCGCAGAUGGCAAUAGAAAUGUGACGGUUUGGGAUUCUUGUGUGUUGGUGUGUCACGUUGGGCUAUGAUGUUAGUUUUUAUAUUGGCCUAUCAGCUGACUGUUAACCCCAGAGAUGGGUGUGGUCCAAAGAUGUAAUAGCACAAUUGGGGCGUGUUUACACAACAGCAUCGUCACCUUGUAGCACCCCAUCCCAACCAUAUUCACGCUAUUCCUAACUUGUCCUUAGUUUUUUUGACUAUGCAAGUGUCACGAUUUUUAUCUAGAAAUUUUCCACGUAUCAUACUUUCUUACAUUUUAUACAUAAUGAAUUUUAUUUUUUUGUUGCGGAUCACUAAUAUUUUUACUUUAGAGGACUUCCCUGACGAACCCAGGCCUUUUAUUUUAUCUUGGAGAACCUUCACAAAACUUUGUUCAAUGACAUCACAAUGGAAAUGCGCCAUGUAUUUAUAUUUAACAGAAUUUGCAUUCUGUUGAUUUCACUUUGGUUGAAAAGGAUUUUCUUCCUUCUCAGCACCAAUUGUUGUGUACUCUGUACGCUCCAGUCAUGCUCCAGUGUAAAUGAUCUGAAAUGCGCUCACGUGCAGGUGUGUGAAUGCAGAUGAGAUUUAUAGCGCAACACAACAUUGUGUGCAUUAGCAUAAACCAGCUUCUUUCUGGGUUUGUCAGGCGGAGUAUGGUUAUGGUAGAUUGUUGAAGGUAGUUCUGUUUCUAGCUGAUGAAAGUAUCUGCUUUAAUGCACAGAAGGUUGAGAGCGCCCCCCAUUUUUAUUGCUUCACAAUACAGCCGAAGUAAAACACAAAAAUGCUGAGUUUUUAGCCUACUCCCCCCCCACCAUAAAACGCUGGGUGAAAGAUGAACAGAUGCGUUUGUAAAAAUGUGUUUAAAUUAACCUACGCUCAGUUGUUUCAAAUCUGGACAUUUUCUUGGUUAAUGUACAUCAACGGUUGGUUUUGUUCAUAUUUCCCAGUGUUUUUCUUACAUAAACUCUAUCAAUGGGUUAACACCAAACGCGAAUGAAUCGUUUUGAGAUUUGUAUUACAUACAAAGUCAAUGCAAAGACGCGUAUAGAUGCGAACUCGCGGUGGGCGAUGCGAAUGACACGAACGUCAAUCUCGUCUUCUGCGAAGGUUGAAAAUAUUUGUCAGAUCGCAAACUUUUCCCACAAGUAAUAAAGAGUGUGGAACGCGAUUGUUCGCGUUUGGUGUGAACCCAGCAUAAGAACCCAGUUUUUAUCACAUUUUGUCACAUGUUCUGUGCGACUUUAGCCAUUUUAAAGCAAAUCCAGUAAGAAUCUGUUUCAUCGUAGCCUCGUGAACUCAGACCAGUACUUUGUCAUUUCUGGCUCAAAGGUUCAAAUUCUCCUUGGAUGUUUUAGAUCAGGUUUUAAACUUUAGCUUCCGCUCAGUGUAUGAAGAAUGACAUCACUGGAAUCACAGGAGCAAGUUGAGGUCAGUGGAUGGAUUAUGACGUGAUCACUGUUCACUUUUAAUAUGAGUUAGAGACGAGCUUCCAGAUGGCCGCAUUAUCACCCAUAUUAACCCCGACAUCCCCACACACACACACACACACACACUGCCAGACUUAUGUUCUUAUGUAGCCCGUCAGAUGACACACAGCUAGUUUGUAUCAAGAGAUCAGUAGUGAAAAAGAACACUGAACCGAUAUUUAGUUGCACACCACAGACUCGAUUUUCAAACGGGAACAAUUUUCAUAUCGAGCUACCAGAGAACAAACAUAAAACUGAACUCUAUGAAAGCUCUCAGAAUGAUAUUAAAUAAACUAGAAAAGAAUAUGUAGCAAAAACAAACAGCUUGUUAUAGAGUUUGUGUGUUGAGACGAUUACACUUGAAAGUGAAGCGCACAGAUGGAGUUUGAAUGUGAAGAUGCUCUGUGGAUGACACGAGACAGGACAACCGACAGUAUGUUUUGCAUUCCUUCCACUGUGUUCAUGAUAAUAAAAGUUUGAUUUUGAAUGACCCUUCUGUGUUGUGUAGCGUCUGUCCCAAUGACUGCCUUCAAAAGCUUUGAGGGGUAAAUCAUGUCCAGCUCACACAUCACCCUCAAACAAAUGUGUCACAGCGACAUGUUUUACAUGUGUCCUUGUACUGAUAAACAUAGAGAAAGAUAUUUGUAAGAAUGCUUGUAAAUAAAAUUGAACUAGUCAAACAGAUCUCCUGACUUCCAUAGUAGGAAAAAAUAAAUAAAUCGUUUUUAGAAGAAUGUAGGACAGCAAACAGUUCUGGAGCACUUUUGACUAACAUUCUUCUUUUUCCUACUAUGGGAGUCAAUGGGGGAUUGACUACAUUCUACAAAAUAUCUUCUUUUGUGUUUAACAAAAAAAAACGAUUUAGUCAUUUUUUCCUACUAUGGGAGUCAAUGGGGAGCAAAUCUGUCUGGUUUUAAGCAUUCUUCCAAAUAUCUUUCUCUGUGUUCAUCAGAUAUAAAAAGACAUUUAUACAGAUGUGGAACAACUUGAAGGCGAGUAAAUGAUGACAGAAUUCUCAUUAUUGGGUGAAGUAUCACUUUAACAGCACAAAGGAUUUAGCAAGAGACUGUUUUUGGUUUCCUGCUUAAAAAAAUAACAUGACAUCCCAUUACUCUAAAAAUGUUGUGUUGUUUUACCUCGUGUUGAUUGAAAUAUUGAAAAAAAAUUCUAUGUUGAUUGAAAUCAACAAUUUGUCUAGAUUGAUCUUCACACAUCAGUCAGAGUGAAUGUGCAUGUGCAGGAGGAGAUUUCAGAUUACGUCCGGGAUUAAACUCACUCAGAGUCUCCUGCAGUUCAGACAGAGAGAAUGAUGGGAUUGUUUACUGGCACGCUCACUGUAAUCUGUGUGGGUGACUGGACUUUAAUCUCUAGUCAAAGCCAGUUUUUAAGGCUUUUCUCUUUGUUGUCCUUUGAUGCAUGGAAAAGAUCUCCAAAUGUAAAUAUUACCCCAAAUUACUGUGGCUCUUUCAUCAUUCAAGUAAAAGAAAUGAUGAACUCAAUCAUGUUUUAUUCAUCCUCAUGGCAUGGAACACAGAAGAUAUUUUGAGAAAUGUGUCAGUGGUUUUGUGUUCAUUCAAUGGAAGUCAAUGGAGUUCAGUGUUGUUCUUUUGUCUGAUCUGUUGAGAAGUUUGAGAAUGACUCGAGGUUGAGCAAUUUUCACGUUUGGGUCUCUUAUAGCGUUUCUGCACCGGCGGAGGGCAAAUAUUUGCUGUGAGGUGUUGUAUUGAGCAAUACAGGCCAAACUCUCAUUUUCAUGUGUGCAUAAUAUGCACACCUGUCAGUAUUUUAAUGUUUUAUAAUAUGGGCAUCGUGAUUUGAACCCAUCCAAAAUGAGUGCUAAAAGCGUCACAUGGAUGUAUUCAUAUGAAAUAUAAAACUUUACUAAUUGAUUAUCUUUUUCCACAAUGGUUUUAACUUCAAAUAAAACACAAAAUGUUGUUAUAAUGUUACUCUUUCAACAGCCUCUGUCACACUAUACUCUUAUGACGCCAGCUUUCCAAAACACUUUGAGAUUUACUGUCAGCAGGAAUACAGCCUCUGUAAUAACACAAAGUUCACAGAUGCUCACUAGUAAGAUCAGACGUCCCUAAGGGACAUUUAACCUCGUGUACCUCUGUGACUGCUUCAACUCAAUAAACAUAAAAAUCUACAUUGAUAACUUAAACAGCAACAACAAUUAUAAAAUUUUUAUAUUUUCAGCAAUUUGACCUGCGUUUACCUGCUGAAAAAAAACAUAGAAACUCAAUAGAAAACAACAAAGAAGUUCUAAAGGUUUCCAUUAAAAUACCAUUACAAGCCAGUAGCUUUUACCAGUAAAUCCAUUAAAAAAGUCAUUUGUGUAGAAUAUUUUGGCCAUCAUUCCAGAAGAAUUUUACAUCACACCAAAAGAAUUUAUCACACACCAGUAGACAACAUUACAGCUUCCAUUAAAACCAAUAAGAAUCCCUUUAAAACCAUCAAAACCAUAACAACUUCUUUAAUGGUUUCUAUGAUUUUUUUCAGCUGGGAAUCCUUUUGGAAUUAUGCCCAAUACACACUACGAAAUGGAUUUUCGUAAUGGGUUUAAUGGAAAAAGCUAAUGGUUCAUAAUGUAUUUUAAUGGAAACCAUUAGAAUUUCUGUAAUGGUUUCUUUGUUUUUUUUCAGCAGGGUUGAAUUUGGUGCCUAACAGCAGACAGCAAUGGAAUGUCAGAUUGGCUGACUAGAUUUCUUUUACUCAUAGAUAAAUUGUCAGUGUUCAUGUACUAUAGUUCCCAACAUCUCUUUAAUAUAUUGAUGUUCAGAAUCAUCAGUUCUGACAACAUCAAAUUGAAUAUAACUGCAUGAUUAUACUUGAAUUGUGAAUUCGAAAAUGAAUAAAGAUAACUUAAUAUUU